AUGCCCCACGCCAUAUCCAUGGCCUCCACGGGGCUGCAAGCCCUCAUCCUCUGCGGCCCCGGAUCGUCGUUUCCGACCUUUACAUCGAACCCGGAUGAAAACCCCAAGGCUCUACUGCCAAUUGCGAACCGGCCCAUGGUCUGGUAUCCCAUCGACUUCUGCUACCGUGCUGGCAUCAGCACCAAAGCCAUCAAGACUGGCCUCAACACGGAUGUGUCCCUGACCAGCCUCCCGCUCCCACGGCCAGACAUCCUGGCGCCGAGGGAGCUGGAUUACAACAUGGGGACGGCGGAGAUUUUACGACUUCCCGAGGUCAGGGACCUGGUGACGUCGGACUUUGUCGUGCUCCCCUGCGACCUCAUCUGCGAACUGGGCGGCGAGAAGCUCCUGCAGGCGUGGCAGGUCAAGUCGGCCAGCCUGUCGGAGAUGCUGGAGGCGGACAUAUACUCGGACAGUAACCCCGGGCGGAGUAGCGGAGGCCUGGGUGUGUGGUACGACGCCAAGGCUAACACGCCGAUCAAGAAGGAAGAGACGGAUUUUAUCUCUACGGCGCCGAUAGACGACGACGGCUCGUCGCCGGGACCUCGGGACUCCCUGAUCCCCAAGCUGUCCAACCUUGUGUUCUCGAUGCCGACGGACUCGCUCAAGGAGGUGACGGAGGAGAGGAAGGGCCUGCCCCUGCGAUACAGCCUUAUGCGGGGGAAUGCGCGGCUCCGCAUGCUCACGACGCACCGCGACGCGCACAUCUACAUAUUCCCCCGAUGGAUCAUUGAUUUCGUCGUGGAGAACGAGCGGCUGGAGAGCAUCAGCGAAGACGUCGUAGGAUGGUGGGCCAAGGCCGGCUGGCAGCCCGGGCUGGCGGAGAAGCUGCAUAUGAAGCGGGUGUGCGGCCCGCCGCAGCACGACGAGGCGCGGCAGAGCUCGUCGCCCACGAGCGACGAGGCGCCGGCGGAGCUUGACGUGUUCAAGUUCAUGGAAGGCUUCAGCAAGCCGCCCUUCUCCGUGGAGCUAGACAGCAACAGGAGUUCGUUCCCGCAGUUCUACCGCGACGAGGAGGAGUCGGCGACGACGAGGGUGCCGCCGAUACUGGCCUACGUGCACGCGGGGGCGGACCAGAAGGCCGGGUCGCUCAUCAGGCGCGUCGACACGGCCCAGCUCCUGCUCGCGAUAUCGCUAGAGCUGGCCAAGCUCCCCUCGCUCGAGGAGACGGGGGCGGCCGACGCCACGUCCCCGUCGUCCCCCUCGCCGUAUGCGCACCCGCGCAAGAUCGCCUACCCCGAGGGCGUCAAGUCGCGGACCACCAUCACAAAGCAGGACACGCUGGUGGGCGACAACGUCAAGGUGGAGGAGAAGGUGUCGGUGAAGGAGUCCGUGGUGGGUAACGGGUGCCAGCUCAACGAGGGGGCCAAGCUGUCGCAGUGCCUGCUCAUGGAGGGUGUCGUGGUCGGCAAGCACUGCAAGCUGACCAAGUGCAUCUUGGGGAAGAGGUGCGUCAUUGGCGACGGAAGCGUCCUGACGAAUUGCGAGGUUCAGGAGAACCUCCUUGUUGAAGCUAAGACCGACGAUAAGGACAACAAACUGAUGAGCUCCGAGGGCCUGGAGGCUACAGAGGCAGAGAUGGAAGAGGUGCUACAGGAGCAGGAGGAGGUCAUGGCCGAGUGA